CUCUUAAUAAACAAAAGUGACUACAAUAGCCUACAAUUGUCAAUAUGUAAAUUGACAGGAGAGUGGAGUAGACUCCCUGAUAAUGACAUCAUCAUUGGUAUAAUACUCACAGUGGGCUCUUGCAGUUAUCUUCUGCUUAGGAGUGUGAGUCUGAUCACCAUGCGCGAGAUUGUUCAUCUUCAGAUCGGACAGUGUGGGAAUCAGAUCAGUUCAAAGUUUUGGGAAGUUAUCAGUGACGAACAUGGUAUCAGUGCAGUGGGAACCUAUGAGGGGGACAUGGACCUUCAGCUGGAGAGAGUCAAUGUCUACUUUAAUGAAGCAAAUGGUGGGAAGUAUGUCCCCCGGGCACUGUUGGUGGAUUUGGAACCAGGAACAUUAGACAGUGUGAGGGGAAGUCACAUUGGAGAACUCUUCAGACCUGACAACUUCAUACAUGGGAAUUCUGGAGCUGGAAAUAACUGGGCAAAAGGUCACUACACAGAGGGGGCAGAGUUGGUUGAGCAAGUAAUAGACCGUGUCCGUAAUGAAGCUGAAAACUGUGACUGCCUGCAGGGCUUCCAGUUUGUUCACUCUUUGGGUGGUGGUACUGGCUCAGGCAUGGGCACCCUGCUCAUCAACAAAAUCCGUGAAGAGUUCCCAGACAGAAUCAUGAAUAGCUUUAGUGUCAUGCCCUCUCCUAAAGUCUCGGACACAGUAGUGGAGCCAUAUAAUGCCACACUGUCCAUUCACCAACUGAUUGAGAAUACAGACGAGACAUUCUGCCUUGACAACGAAGCUCUUUAUGAUAUCUGUUUCCGUACACUCAAGCUCACCAUGCCAACAUAUGGAGAUCUCAAUCACCUUGUGUCUAUGACUAUGAGUGGGGUCACAACCUCUCUGCGCUUUCCUGGUCAGCUGAAUGCUGAUCUCCGCAAGCUGGCUGUCAACAUGGUGCCCUUUCCUCGCCUUCACUUCUUUAUGUCUGGCUUUGCUCCUCUCACACCACGAGGAAGUCAGCAAUACCAGGCCCUCUCUGUUCCUGAACUCACCCAGCAGAUGUUUGAUGCCCGGAACAUGAUGACAGCAUGUGACCCCCGGCAUGGCCGCUACCUCACUGCUGCAGGAGUUUUCCGUGGUCGCAUGUCCACUAAAGAGGUAGAAGAACAAAUGCUCAUUGUUCAGCAGAAGAACAGCAACUACUUUGUGGAAUGGAUUCCCCACAAUGUUAAAGUGGCUGUUUGUGACAUCCCACCACGUGGCCUUAAAAUGGCAUCUACCUUCAUUGGAAACAAUACAGCCAUCCAAGAGAUUUUCCGGCGAGUCGGGGAGCAGUUUGCCAUGAUGUUCCGCCGCAAGGCUUUUCUGCACUGGUACACAGGAGAGGGCAUGGAUGAGAUGGAGUUCACAGAAGCUGAGAGCAACCUGAAUGAUCUUGUGUCUGAGUACCAGCAAUAUCAGGAUGCCACAGCUGAGCUGGAUUGGGAGCCAGAGGAACAAAUGACAGAGGUAGAGGGAAAUGCGUCAACAGUAGUAAACACCAGAGUCGACAUAAAAAAUGAGACCAUGAGUGAAGAUUAGACUAGUGAACAAUUCUAGUGAAGAGUCUUGUGUUACCAAUGGUGGUAUAUCUUGAAUUUUGACAAAUGUUAAUUUAAAAUGUGAUACUAUGACUAGAAUUUAUUGAGAUGAACACAUUGGAGUGACAUUAAUGCUCUUGUUUUCAUUAAAAAUAAAUAUAUAAAUUUCAACUUAAUAAUAACCAAGAAUUCUUUGUAGAUUUUGUGUUUAGCAUAUUUUGAGUAAUGUUUGUAGCAUGUAAUGUCUCAAAACAACAUUGUUUUGAAAUAAUGUUCCAAAAUGUAGUAGAUUAUAGUGUAUAAAGACAAUAAAUGUUACAUAUAUUGUUCAUUUAACAGAAAUUUUGCAUCAAUGCAUGUGUAAAAUCUGAAAAUAAAAAAUUGUUCCUUUUUCAGGUA